CAUGGCAUCUGAAGAAGCCUCUCUCGGGGCAUUGGAAAGUCUGAUGGCAGAGUUUUUCCACGACUGUACAACCAAUGAAAGAAAACGUGAGAUAGAGGAACUUCUUGAUAACUUUGCUCAGCAAAUAGGAGCCUGGAGAUUCUGCCUGUAUUUUCUCUCCAGCACUAGGAAUGACUAUGUAAUGAUGUACAGUUUAACGGUUUUUGAGAAUCUGAUCAAUAAAAUGUGGCUUGGGGUCCCAUCUCAGGAUAAGAUGGAAAUCCGUAGCUGCCUGUCCAAACUCCUCUUGGCUCACCGCAAAACCUUACCUUACUUCAUCUGGAACAAGCUCUGCAAAGUGAUUGUUGACAUUGGCCGUCAAGAUUGGCCCAUAUUCUACCAUGACUUUUUUACUAACACUUUACAGUUGAUCCAGUCCCCUGUGACAACUCCCCUCGGGCUGAUCAUGUUGAAGACAACUUCAGAAGAGCUGGCUUGUCCCAGUGAGGACCUCAGCGUGGCUCGGAAGGAGGAGUUGCGAAAGCUGCUGCUGGAACAGGUGCAGACAGUGCUUGGGCUACUGACAGGUAUCUUGGAGACUGUCUGGGACAAACACAGCGUGACUGCCACCACCCCACCACCAUCCCCGACCUCAGGAGAAAGUGGUGACUUACUGAGUAACCUGUUGCAGAGUCCUGGUUCAGCCAAACUGUUGAAUCAGCCAAUCCCCAUCCUUGAUGCGGAGAGUGAGUAUAUCUGUUCCUUGGCCUUGGAGUGCCUGGCCCAUCUCUUCAGUUGGAUUCCUCUGUCUGCCAGCAUCAUCCCGUCCCUCCUUACCACCAUCUUCCACUUUGCCUGCUUUGGCUGUGACAUCCGGGCCAGAAAGAUGGCAUCGGUUAACGGCAGCAGCCAGAACUGUGUGUCGGGUCAGGAGUGCGGCCGGCUUGAGGUCCUGGCCAUGUCCUGCAUCAAUGAACUCAUGUCCAAGAACUGUGUGCCUGUGGAAUUCGAGGACUACUUACUGCAUAUGUUCCAGCAGACUUUCCACCUCCUGCAGAAAAUCACCAAGGAUAACAAUGCCCACACGGUGAAGAGAAGGCUAGAAGAACUCGAUGAGAGCUACAUCGAGAAGUUUACUGACCUUCUGCAGCUCUUUGUGAGUGUUCACCUAAGAAGAAUCGAGUCCUACUCCCAGUUCCCCAUGGUGGAGUUUUUGACAGUUUUGUUCAAAUACACAUUUCAUCAGCCUACUCAUGAAGGUUACUUCUCUUGUUUGGAUAUCUGGACGCUCUUUUUGGACUAUCUGACAAGGAAAACGAAAAGCCGUCUGGGAGACAAGGAAGCAGUUCUCAACAGGUACGAAGACGCCCUAGUCCUCUUGCUCAUGGAGGUGUUGAAUCGAAUCCAUUUCAGAUACAACUAGGCCCAGCUGGAGGAGUUGGAUGACAAAACUCUGCAUGACGAUCAGCAGACAGAGUGGCAGUGGUACUUACGCCAGAGCUUGGAGGUAGUGGCCAAAGUGAUGGAGCUCCUUCCCACACAUGCCUUCUCAACACUGUUCCCAGUUCUUCAGGACAAUUUAGAAGUUUAUCUGGGGUCACAGCAGUUUAUAGUUACUUCAGGGUCAGGACACAGGUUGAACAUCACAGCAGAGAACGACUGCCAGCGGCUGCACUGUUCCCUGCGAGACCUGAGCUCCCUCCUGCAGGCUGUGGGCCACCUAGCCGAGUACUUCAUCGGGGACGUGUUCGCAGUGCGCUUCAGCGACGCCCUCACGGUGGUGGAGAGGUUGGUCAAAGUCACUUUGUAUGGAUUUCAGAUUAAAUUGUACAACAUUGAGACUGCCGUGCCAUCAGUAUUGAAGCCUGAUCUCAUUGACGUGCAUGCUUAGCCCCUGGCUGCUCUGCAGGCUUACGCUCACUGGCUAGCACAGUACUGCAGCGAGGCUCAUCGGCAGAAUACGCAGCCGUUCGUUACGCUCAUCUCCACCACCAUGGAUACAGUCACAGCUCUGAUCAGCACCAAGGUCCGAGACAAAUUGCUGCUAUCUGCGUGCCAUUCACUGGUCUCACUGGCCACCACUGUGCGACUUCUGAUCAGCAUCCCUGCAGUACAGAAAGUAUUCAACAGAAUCACGGAUGCCUCUACCCAGCAGCUUGUUGACAAGGCUCAGGUGUUGGUGUGCCGAGCCCUCUGUAACAUCCUGUUGCUUCCAUGGCCAAACAUCCCAGAGAAUGAGCAGCAGUGGCCUGUCCGCUCCAUCAACCAUGCCAGCCUCACCUCUGCGCUCUCUCGGGAUUAUUGCAACCUGAAGCCCAAUGCUGUCGCCCCGCAGAGGAAGAUGCCCCUGGAUGACACCAAAGUGAUUAUCCACCAGACACUUAGUGUCUUAGAAGAUAUUGUGGAGAAUAUCUCUGGGGAAUCCGCCAAGUCCCAACAGAUCUCCUACCGGUCCCUGCAGGAAUCCGUUCAAGUCUCCCCGGCCUUUCCAGCUUUUAUCCAUCAGUCAGAUGUGUCUGAUGAGAUGCUAAGCUUCUUCCCCACUCUGUUUCGAGGCCUUAGAGUACAGAUGGGCGUGCCUUUCACUGAGCAGAUCAUACAGACUUUCCUCAAUAUGUUUACCAGAGAACGGUUGGCCGAGAGCAUCCUCCACGAAGGCAGUACUGGCUGCCGGGUGGUUGAGAAGUUCCUGAAGAUCCUGCAGGUGGUGGUCCAGGAACCUGGCCAGGUGUUCAAGCCCUUCCUCCCCAGCAUCAUCUCCCUGUGCAUAGAGCAGGUGUAUCCCGUCAUCACCGAGCGCCGCUCCCCUGAUGUGAAGGCUGAGCUGUCUGAGCUCCUCUUCCAGAUGCUCCAUCACACCUGGAGGUGCUUCUUCAAGUCCACCGUCCUGGCCAGUGUCCAGAGGGGGAUUGCUGAGGAGCAGCUGGAGAAUGAGCCUCAGUGCAGUGCCAUCAUGCAGGCUUUUGGACAGUCCUUUCUCCAGCCUGACAUCUACCUAUUUAAAUAAAAUCUCUUUUACUUGGAGACUCUCAACACCAAGCGGAAGCUGUACCAGAAGAUCUUCCGGACCACCAUGCUCUUUCAGUUUGUGAACGUGCUGCUCCAGAUCCUGGUUCACAAGUCCCACGACCUCCUGCAGGAGGAGAUUGGCAUUGCCAUUUACAGCAUGGCCUCUGUGGACUUUGAUGGCUUCUUCGCGGCCUUCCUCCCAGAGUUCCUGACCAGCUGUGAUGGUGUGGAUGCCAACCAGAAAAAUGUGCUGGGGCGGAAUUUCAAGAUGGAUGGGGACCUGCCCUCAUUCACCCAGAAUGUGCACAGCCUGGUCAACGACCUGCGUUACUACAGACUCUGCAACGACAGGCUGCCCCCCGGCACCGUGAAGCUCUAG